AUGACAUCCUUCCGAAACCACCGCAUCGUCAUCGCCUCGCUCUUCCUCCCCACGACCGCGGUGCUCACCUACUCCUCCCCGCCGACGCCUGACCACGAGCACGAGACGCUCGCGCAGGUGCAGGCGAGGGUCGAUGCGGAGCAUACGAUCCCCGCUGUGUCGUCCCGGCUCGCGGCCGUCGCUGGUGCUGGUGCUGGUGCUGCGGGGGCUGGUGCUGUUGAGGGGGGUGCGGCGAGUGCUGCUGGAGCGACUGCUACUGCAGCUGGAGCGGGAGCAGCGACAGCGAAGAAACCGCUCAAACCGGCGCUGGUCACCCGCGGCUCGGCGGUGUCGGGUGCAAGUGCGGGUGCAGGUGGCGCAUCAGGCCAGAAUCAGAGUCAGACGGCGGGGAACACGCAUACGAGGCAGUCGAGUUUGAAUGUCCCGUUGAAAAGUAUUGUGGAUGAUUUGAAAGAUAAGAGCCGGCUCGCGACGCCCUCUGCACGCUCGCCGACGAACGAGACGACGAACCCAUUCACCAAGCUCACGCGGUUCGCAGCCGACUCUACCACCGCCGGCGAUGCCAAGGACACAGCACACACACCGUCCAUCACAUCCCCGCUCCCGCGGAAGCACCAGACGACGCACCCGGACACGUCCUCUGUCCCGCGGUUGCGGCGGAACAAGUCGCGUUCGACUUCGCGGCGCGCGACGUCCUCUGCGCGCGCGGGGUCUGUGCCGACGUCGCCGUCUGUGGAUAGUAAUGGCGGGAGCAUGAUGUAUGGUGGUGCGAGUGGUGUCCCGGCAUGGCAUAUGGAGCCGAACCCGCAUUGUAAUGGCGGGUUGAAGAAUGCGGUGGAGAGUGUUGGAGAGAGGAUGAAGAGGAAGUUGUGGGUGGGCACGUUGGGCACGCCGACGGAUGGGUUUGGGGAGGAGCUGAGGAGGGAUAUUGAUGCGCGGAUGGUGGCGCAGAGGCAGAGUUUGCCCGUGUGGAUCCCGGAUGAUGAAUUUCAGAGUUGUUAUGAUGAAUUUUGUCAUCAGGUCCUCUGGCCGUGCUUACACUAUGCGGUGCCUGAUGCGCCCAAGACGAAGCAGUUCUACGAGUCGGCGUCGUAUGCGCAGUAUCUGUCUGUCAACCAACGCUUUGCAGCUGUCAUCAUCCACGCGCACCAGGAGGGCGAUAUCAUCUGGGUGAACGACUACCACCUCCUCUUGCUCCCGCUCCUCUUGCGCAUGUCGCUCUCGCCUGGCAUGCCCACCUCCGUCUCGCCACCUGCUACAGGUAACCCGCACUCUUCAUCCGUAAGCGCACCGAGCCAUAUAUCCGGUCUUCCACCCUCCUCGUCGUCGUUUAACCCGUUCCUCAUCACACGUACCUCAUCAGAGAAUGGGAACGAGGGAGAGCGCCGAACACCGAGUAUACCGCCUUCAACCCCCAUCGGGUUCUUCAUGCACGUCGCGUUCCCCUCGUCGGAGAUAUUCAGGUGUCUCUCGGUGCGCAAGGACCUGUUGAGGGGUAUGCUUGGAGCGGAUCUGGUUGGGUUCCAGACGGGGAGUUAUGCGAGGCAUUGGAGGCAGACUGUUAGUAGGAUAUUGAGUUUUGAGGCGUUGCCGAGGGGGAUACAGGUGCCGGAGGGAGAGGGGAUGGCGGUGGGUGAGUUGGAUGUUGGCGUUGGUGUUGGUGCGGGUGCGGGUAGGGGGGAGAGGAAGGGGGAGAGUGUGCAGAGAGGACGGUCGGGUGCGGGUGGGAGGGAGAGGAGUGAGGGCGAGGGCGAGAGUAAAGAGGGAAGAGUGAGAGAUGGAGUUGUUGAGAGGGGACGCUUUGUCGAUGUGGGUGUGUUCCCGAUGGGAAUUGAUGUGAGGCAGUUGCAUAUUAGGAGACGUGAACCGGAAGUUGCGGAGUGGGUUCAGGUGCUCAAGCAGCGCUAUGCGGGCAUGAAGCUCGUUGUGGGGAGAGAUAAACUGGAUGAGAUUCAGGGCGUACGCCACAAACUCGUAGCCUUUGAAACAUUCCUCGAAAAAUACCCACAAUACAUCAACAAAGUCGUGCUCAUCCAAAUCGCACUCCAAACCUCCUCGCCCAACGAGCAAGCCGCGACAUCGUCCGGGAUAACAGAGAUCAUCUCCCGCAUCAACGCGCGCUUCUCGACGCUGACGUAUACCCCGAUUGUGUUUUUGCAUACGCAGGAUUUGACGUUUAGUCAGUAUUUGGCGCUCUUGGAGGUUGCGGAUGCGUUUGUGGUGACGAGUUUGAGAGAGGGGAUGGCGUUGAGGACGCAUGAGUUUGUUGAGUGUCAGGAGGGGAAAGAUCGGGAGGUUGUCGAAGUUGUUGAUCCGGAGACUGGGGAGCGUAAAGAAGUGGAGGGAGGCAGGCAUGGUGUCCUCGUCCUCAGUGAGUUCACGGGGAGUUACAGUUACAGUGGGUUCCGCAGCUGUAUUGCUGUGAACCCAUGGGACGCGCGCGGGACUGCCCGGGCGAUAUGGGAGGCACUCAGUAUGGGCAGGGAGGAAGCCAGAAGUCGCUGGGAGGAUUUGCAUAACCACGUCACGACACAGACCGCACAGACCUUUGUCAACUCGUUCCUUAACAGGUGUAUCCGUGCCAACACGGAACAUACCGCCUCGCUGCUCGACGACGUCGGUUCGGGACCUACCAUCCUCCGCCCUUUACCCUCCCCCGGCUCUCCCCCACUCUCCCCAUCCUCCUUCGGGCCAAACGAAACAAGCGUAAGCGUGCUCGUGGGUAAAUUCAAACACUCGCGCAAGCGGAUGAUAUUUGUUGAUUUUGAGGGUACGCUUUGGAGGCGGGAUUUGUCGCGUGCGGCGGUGUUGGCGGAUGAAGGGGAGGAUGCGCCGUUGCCGGAGGAGGUGGAGAGGGCUGUGAGUGUGCUGGGACGGUUGGCGGAGGAUACGAGGAGGAAUGAGGUGUGGUUGUUGAGUGGCCUCAAGGUUAGGGGUGUGCUUGAGGCUGUGGCGAGGAGGGUGCCUAGGGUUGGGAUUGUUGCGGAGAAUGGAUGUUUCAUCAAGACGAGGGGAGGUGGACUUGGAAGUGGGGAGUGGAUUAACAUGGUGUCCAACUUCAAUCUUACAUGGAAGAGUUCAUGUUUGGAAAUUUUGAACUACUUCACCGAGCGUACACCGGGCUCGUUCAUCGAGGAACGCCAAGCCUCCAUGGUCUGGCGCUACUGGUCGGGACCCUCCACCACCACCUCUGGCGAAAACCCCGAUCGCCAAUGGGCACAACGUCAAGCGGCCGAGGCGCAGAACCAUAUCUUUGAUUCGCUCGGGGAGCGCUAUGGGCUGAGGAUUAUACCUGGCAGAAAUAGUUUCUUGGUGUUGCCGAAUAAUGUGUCGCGAUCGACGGCGGUGGGUGCGAUUUUGCAUCCGGGGGGUGUGGUUAGAGGUGGGCAUGGGGGUGGAGGACAUCAUCACCGUCAUCAUAGCCAGAGCCAGAGCCACGGACAUGGACAUGGGCACGGGCACCCUAUGAGCCCAUCCGCGUCGGACAUCAGCACAAGCCUCGGACUAAGCAACCUCUCCGCGUUCAACUCCGACGGAACACUAACAAGCCCCACUGUCGACGCUUCGUCAUUCGACCCGUCCACGUCCUCCUUGCACGGAUCCUCGUCCAGUGGCAGCGGCGAUGGUGCUGGCGGAGGUGUGGAUGUGGAUAUGCUGCUCGCUGUGAGCUCGGAUGAGAAGCUGUUGAGGCGGUUGAAUGAGUUUGAGGGCGCGGAGACGGUUAGUACGAGUGGAAAGGGGACGGAUGCGAAGUGGAGAUUGGAGAGUGAGGAGAGUGGGAGGGUGUUGGGCAGUUUUGUGGGUGUGUAG